AUGUGGUUAAAGAAGGCCUUGGACUCCUAUUUAUCAAAUCUGAAAGAUGUGGAAUUAUCAAAUCUGAAAGAUGUGGAACGUGUUACACUGCCAAUGUUUUCUGCACUUGGAAAGGAAAUUAAGAUUGCUAUUUUGGAUAAGUUGUUUUCUGAUCUAUCUCAUUCAGUUGGUCUUAUCGGUAACUGUUCUAAUUUUGUCAAUUUAUCCAUUGAAGCAAUGAAAGUUUUGCAGGAUGCAAAAAAACACAACCUUGUCUAUAAAUGGUCACAGUGCAUUGUUGGAGAAAAUGGAACACCAUUAAUACCACUGAAUAGAAUGCCAUUUGGAUUAAUAGAAUACCAGUUGGAGUUUUUCACUGCAACAAAUGUUAUGCAGGUAGGUGUAGAAUAUUUUAAAACUAUGGUGUAAAAGGUGUAAAACUAUGGUCUACAGGUAGAAAUUGCUUGUAGAAAGGAUUUUCCACUGGGCACUGUACACUAGUCUGAUACAUUGUCCACUGAUCCCUUAGGAUAUACCAUGUAUAUGGUAAGUAAUUAGAUUGAUUAAAUACAUAUUGAUCUAUACAUGUAUUUCUCUUGUGUAGGUUAAAGAGCCUGAGGACUUCCGGUUGUGGCGUGAAACAAUGGAAACUGAGUUUCCCAGCCGCUUCAAGCGUCUUUUUGCUGGUCCUUUAUGGAGUGGUGGAGGAAAGGAUGUCACAAAGGAUCCUAAAAUGGUAUGAGUUGUGAUUUUAUUACUUAGAUGAUUUUUUUGUUUUCCUAGCUAAUUCUCAAUAAAUUGUUAUCAAGUUUUAGUUGAGUAAAAUUAUAAACCACUUUAUUUGAUAGAUUAAUUACAAUAGGUGGUUAUACAAUCUGAGCUAUCUGUUUGAGCAACCUGAUAUCCAGGGUCUAUCCUCAGUGGGUGUGAGCACCCAGAGGCUAGAGAGCGACCACGGAAAAGAGCCUGUGUAUGAGGUUGUUUGUUUCAGUGGUUUUGUGUAUUUAAGAUGUUUUGCCACGGACACAGUACCAUAAAAUCAAGAGCCUAUUAUCUAUGCUGCCCCCAAUGAUGAGGAUUGUAAUAUUACAGUUUUAGUAGAGUUGCACAUAGCAUUUAUAUCCGUGUUCUGUUUAGGUAUUUGUUGCCUGGGUUUGUAAAUAGGCAGACAGUACUUUCCCAUUAUAAUGCCUACUUUAACUAGUCAGACAAUAUUAUUGCCCAGGUGAAGGUCCUGAUAUAUCCUUACCCUAUACUGUAAGUGUUGGACUGCUGGUAUUGGAAAUUUAUGAUCAUUCAUCAUUAGCUAAUUUUUUGAAUGAACUGGAUUUAAAUUCUGGCAGUAAAACUGUUACUACAUGUAGAUGCUGAUUAUUUUAUUAGGCAAAAGUUAAUGUGGCAUGCUCAAGCUACAGCAGUCAGUGGAGACAAAAUAAAAAAUCAGAAUAUACUCCGACUCCAGCAAUACAGGUAAAUAAAGCAUCCUUGCAUCUAAGCGAGUUAUUCAAGUAGCUACGUGCAUCUAAACGAGUUAUUCAAGUAGCUAAUUGAAUGCAUCUCAUCUGGAAAAGCACAGGGCAAGUAUAUAAAAUUAUACAAUGUUCAUUUCUUAUACUUAAUGUUACACAGGUUGCAGCCAUUGAUGAGUUGAAGUCAGGAAAUUGCAAUGUCCGUUUCUGGAUUAAACUUGAUGGUACAGAUGUAAGAGCAGGAAUAAUGGAGUCACAAAAGAAGGUUUGGAACGGUGACGUAGAUUAUGAUGAUGGCAAGCUAAAGGAACUAAGGGAUGAAUACGUUGACAUGAACGCAAAAAUGGAACUUCUGAGAACUCCUAUUGUUCCCCAGCCAAAGAUAGAAGAGAUUAUCAAGAAAACCAUAUCUGAUUUUCAGGUGGAAACUAAUUUCCUUAGCGAUGGCUUCAAAACAGCAAAGAAACUCUUUGAGGAAAAAAUCAAGCAAGGCAACUGCCCCGAGGCUACUUUAAAGGAAAGAAACUGGGAAGUUGUUGAGUACCAGACUCUGCUUCAACAGAGCCAGCAACUUGCACUUAACUUUCAGACUGCUGUGUCAUCAAUUUCAGGCUCAACCAUCACAAAGCCUAUGAGAAGAAAUGUUAAUACCCUUGCAUCACAUCGUUCGCAAUACCUUAGGAAUUUGUACAAGAAGAAACGAACCAGUGCCACCCAUGUUGUUGUUACAAUGUUGUCAGAUGAAAGGAGAUCAAGUAAACCUUAUGCUCUUCCUGUUCGAUAUAUUCCAUGUAUUACACUCAAAGACAACGAUGUGAGGAAGUUCAACCAGGAUCUAAAGAGGGAAAUGAAAAAGCGAGAUAUGACCCUUGCAGGUAUUAUUGUUAGCUUGUCACUGUUUAACUUGAUUGCUCUGUAAUAAUGUAUUUUAUGUGGUGUACAGUAACAAGUUAAGGGAUCUUGCCAUACGGGCUAUGGUGAAAUGAUCUUUGUCCCUAACCUUCACAACACAUUACCAUAAAAAUCUGGAGUGAGAUUUUAUUGAAUAGCCAUAGGCACUUUAAGAAGUUAAGAAGGUGCAGAGGUGGGUUAACAUUUAACCUUACUUCUACUUUGAAGGAAAUUUGCAUGUUUCAAAUCGUUAAUGCUUUAUAAUAGCCUUUCCCUCUUUAUUGUCAGCGUCAAGAGUCUGCUUAUCAAUGGAAAGGUCUAUCGAGAGUAUUGGCAUUGAAAUGUUAAUUGUUGCAAUUUACUGUACAUUAUGCGCGAACAUACGUUUUGUUUUAUUGCAUUUAGGUACUGUAACAGAUGGUGAAUUUUGUUCAUUGCGAUCUAAAGGGGAAUCAAGAGCUUUGCAUGUGUGGCAGCUUAUACAUGAUGCCCGACAACAGGCAAGAAAUAUGUCAAAGAAGAAACUUGAAGGAUGUCUUUUGGCAAAGUCAGGUAUCAUAAUAUUUGUGUUUUUUCCUACAUGUAUACAGGUGUCGGUUGUUCAAAGCUGGAUUAGCCCUAACCCUUGAUCAAAAUUUAACCCACUUUCUUGGUUUGAGUAUUUCUGCACGUCUGUUCAUUUCAAAACUUUGGAAAAUAGAACUUCUGAUGAUCCGGACAAGAUUUCUACAAAAAUAUCUCGAAGUUGAUAAACAAGAUGUUGGUAAGUUUGCUUUGACUUUUACGUUAACCUAUGAUUAAGCUAACCAGCUUUUGGACAACCAGCCAUGUAUCAACUAUGUCCAUGUUCUAAGAUCCGUGUUUUAAAGGUACAUUCCUACAAAAUAAUGCGUUCAUUUUAGAGAUGAUACUCGUACAUUACAUGUAUUUUCAAAGUAUGAAUUGCCGCGUAGCAUUCUAACUUACAAUUUGUACUCUAUUUCCCAAUGCCAGUUGGUGUUAAGACGAUGUUACAUGGAAAACUUGUAAGGCAACUUACAAUGUACUGUAAAUUGUCCUGAGGUUCCCAACUAAUCAAAUUACAUGUAACCACAUUUGCAUUGCAAAUUGUCAUUACAAGCAUACUAAAAGUUGUUCCGUGUAACAUUGCCUUAUUUGCAUUUUGAUUUUUGUAAAGAGCUCUGAUGUCAUCUGUUUUUUUAUGAUAUAAUUAUGUACACUAUGUUUUUUAACGCCUGUGACCUGUUCCAAUUCCUGAACAAUUUCUCUUUUAGAUCUGGACGAUGGUACACCUGUUGUUCCACUUCCUAUUACUGCCAUUCCUCUCGAUGUUAUUGAGGAGAUUGACAUAAUGACAACAGAUGCAGGAAUAGAAUUGGAAACUGCAAUUACCAUCAUCAGACAAAACCUUGUUCCAGCAGGUCAUACUCCUUAUCCUUUCCGAAGAAACAAUCCCGAGUCCUAUCUGGACAUGCUGCGUUCAAUUGUAGCAACAUAUCUAUACAGGGAGAAGAUAGAAGAGCUGAAGAAGGAAAAUGUUGACUUCUCAACAUUUUUGUACGUGCCAGAAAUAGAUCCAAUUAUGGGGACUCCAAGGCAUGACCGUAGUGAUCACAACCACUUAUUUAGGCGAGCUGCUAAAAGUGUUCGGGAAGGAAAGUAUAAUAGCCUAAAUUAUGAAGCAUUUGACGCUGCACUAUUAGAUCCCAAAAGUGGCCUUACACACGCUGCUUUGAUUAGCAAACGAAAACAGUCCCUUGUAGAUGCGGAACGGCUUCUUUCCUAUCACGUGGUUGAAUCACUAAGAAGGCAUGGGCACGAAAGAGAAGCCAAACACGUUGAGGUUAUAGCAAACUGGCAUGAGGCUACCGAUGGCAGAGGUAUCAGUCAACUUAAACGGUGCAAAUAUAAUCAUUUGAUGCUGCAAUACAUCCUGGAUGAGUGGAUGCCUUGGCACAAGAGUUGUUAUGAUUUCUCCACGAUUGACAUCAACAGGUAAAUAUUUAAAAUUGCCCUGUGUUUUCAAAGAUAUGUAUAAACUGGGAAAAAUGGGUAGGGUAGGGUAGAGUGGAGGGUAGGGUAGUAGGGUAUCUACUGUUAAAAUAACAUUGAAUCCUGGAGUAAACCUUUGUCCAUAAUUGGUAUACCAUGCAUAUACUAUGUUAACCCAAUUAUUGGCGAAAAUGAACCUGUUCAUUCUGCUUUAAAUUCCCAAACGCCACUGACAUUUUUAACCGUAUUACAGACCAAUAGACAACAUCUGUGGAUUCUCCAGGGAGACAGUGAUUGAAAUAACCACAAAUAUUGAAAGUCAAGAACUUCGAAGAUGUGAGAACGAGGCUAUUGGCUAUCCAGAGCAUCCACGGGCUGGGGGAACAGAUGACUUGGAAACCUUUAUCAGUUUGACCCACCACUACAUUGGAAAUGUCUUCUCACUCAAGCAGUUUAAGGAAUUUUGGCCACAAAUUGUGAGGUAAGCUAUCUAUAUAACUGACGAUACACUCAGUCUGCACUUACCAAGGGAUUGGCGUGCCAUGGACGAACCAGCCCUAUACACCUUUUUCAUAAAGGGCUGCCGAUUAAAAAUUCUUUUAUGUGCAUAUAAAUUGGCCCAACUAGGCUCGUUUCUGGGUAGAAAUUCCUUUGAAAUCUUAACAUGAGUACGAGGCUAGUUGGGCCAAUUUAUAUGCACAUAAAAGAAUUUUUAAUCGGCAGCCAUUUAUGAAAAGGGUGUAUAAACUGGUCUGCUGCUGACAAGAAUUUACCCAUCACUGUAUGGGCCUGUCUUUUACAUAAUGUAAUAACUUUGGGUCUUACUUUUAGUUGCAUCCUAGUGUAAUGUCUUAAAAUAUGCUAUACCCUGUGUCAUGCAGGAUAUAAAUGCUUUCUUUUUUCAUUAGGGAAUUUACCAAACGGAUGUCAUCUGAUCUUCCAUUUUAUUAUUAUACAUUAAAUGAAAGAUACAGGGAAGCUGAAAUGCCAUCAUUUGAUGUCAUCUCAGAAAAGUCAAACGCAAGCAAAGAACACCAACCACGUCUUCACAAGCUCCGAAUUAAUCACCGGGAAGACAACUCCAUUCUGGUGCCUGGACGAGCAAUGCUGCCUAUUCGAAACAAGGGGACCAUACGGCAGAGGCUGCACAAACCAGAGAUGGGAAUGCCACCAAUCCCAACCCAUCUAACACUGACCGAUUAA